GCGGCGGCGGGACGGGACGGGACGGGGACUCGGACGGGCACCGGGACGGGCACCGGCGGCGGGGCCAUGGCCACGGCGGGGCCGCGGUCCUUCAGCGCCGCCGAGGUGCGGGCGCGCUGCGCGCAGGGCGCCUGCCUGGUCUCCUGCCGCCGCCGCCUGUACGACCUGAGCGGCUUCGUGCGGCUGCACCCGGGCGGGGAGCAGCUGCUGCGCCGCCGGGCCGGCACCGACGUGAGCGCCGCGCUGGACGGGCCGCCCCACCGGCACUCGGAGAACGCCCGCCGCUGGCUGGAGCAGUACUACGUGGGCGAGAUAGAGCCCGGCGACGAGCAGAGCCUCUCUGAGACAGUGGGUGAGAAGGAGGUGGUUGCUGCAGCCCCGACUCCAGAGCAGACAGAUCUCUGCUACAAAACAGUGCGUGUGGAGACGGACCUGGUAGACUGGCAGAAGCCCUUGCUGUGGCAGGUGGGCUACUUAGGGGAGAAGUACGACGAGUGGGUGCACCAGCCUGUGGACCGGCCCAUCCGCCUCUUCCACUCGGAUUUCCUUGAGUUCCUCUCCAAGACAGCAUGGUACGUGGUGUUCUUGGUAUGGACGCCCGUGGUGCUCUAUCUCAGCUGGGUCAGCUACACCUCCCUUGCUCAGGGCAACACCAGGCUCUUCUCCUCCUUCACCACAGAGUACUCCAUCCCCGUCCACAAAUACUACUUCCCCUUCAUCUUCCUGCUGGGAAUGAUCCUGUGGUCCCUGCUAGAGUACCUCAUCCAUCGCUUUGUCUUCCACAUGAAGCCACCCGCUAGUAAUUACUAUCUCAUCACGCUGCAUUUCUUGCUGCAUGGGCAGCAUCACAAGUCUCCCUUCGACAGCUCCCGCCUGGUCUUCCCUCCGGUGCCAGCCUCGCUGGUGAUCGGCUUCUUCUACGGCGUGCUGCGGCUGCUGCUGCCCGCGGUGCUGGGGCUCUCCGUGUUCGUCGGGGGCCUCUGCGGCUACGUCAUCUACGACAUGAUGCACUACUACCUGCACUACGGCUCUCCCAGGAAGGGCACCUACCUGUAUGGCCUCAAGGCGUACCACGUCAAGCACCACUUUGAACACCAAAGAUCAGGUUUUGGCAUCAGCACACGCUUCUGGGAUUAUCCUUUCCGGACACUCAUCCCUGAGGAGACCUUCAAGAAGGAGGACUGACAGCCCCAGCCCAGUGCUCAGCUGCUGGCUCUGUACCCCCUGCCCUGGGGCUGGUGUCCCUCCCCAGCACCCAGCGAGGCCAUCUGCUCCCUGCCCCUCCCUGGGGGCUGUGCCACAGCAGUGACUCCAAAGUGGAGCAUCCCUGUGGAG